CCAAAACCUCUCAUCUUUUUUGCUUCCUCGUACUCCGUUUCCGUUCUGGGAGAAGCCCAGCGAAAAUCUCACAAUUGGGCCAUGGGCCAGGCAGCCAGCGAUAUUUACCUGUCCAAAGCCUACGCAUCCGCAGCACAACCACCCCCAGAAUCCCGUGGAAUCAGUCGAGAUUAGGGGCAAAAACGUGAGAAAAGCCACCCGUUUCCUCACCGCGACAGCUAGACGGCCGCGCACUACCUGCCUGCCUCCUAGUAGUGGGGGAGCGCGCGGCGCGCCGUCGUAUAACCUCGCGCUGAGAGCGGAGCGGAAUCGGAAGAUCCCGAGGGGUCAAGCCACAAAAGUUCGGCGCCAACCGUGAGGAAGAAAUCUGAGAGCGCCGGGCAGGCGGAGCAGCAUAAACUAGAACGGAGGAAGCUCCCGCGGCGGAGAGGAAGCGGCGUCCAUUUGCUGUCCGCGAGGUCGUGCCUGAUCGGUUCAGAUGGGUUCGUCUGCGGUUCGCUGCCCGUCUUCGUCCAGUUCCUGAUCAGCUCUUAACAGGCAGAGGACUUGGGAAUGCAGAAAGAUGUGCUUGCACGACAGGAAGUUAAUAUUUCGUGCAAACAAGAUCCCAGCUUGGAUCAAGCCGAUGUUGCUGGACCUUCAUGUGAAUGUGCUGCAUAGUGAUACCGUGCUGCUUUUCCGUGUUUUGAAGCAUAGUAGAUUGAAGGACUCCAAGUUUGUUGAUCAUCACAUUGACGACGACGGAUAACAUCUGCUGCAUUCAUUACCUAUACUUUGUAGAUACUUCUAUAGAAGUGGUGUGGUGGUGUUUGCUCAUUUUGUUGUGUUCCAAUAACUUGAUAUGAUGGAUGGGAGGUCAAUCUUGAUGGGCCGUUAUGAGGUUGGGAAGCAAUUAGGACAAGGAACAUUUGCAAAGGUGUAUUAUGCACGAAAUCUUACUACCGGCCAAGCUGUUGCCAUAAAGAUGAUCAACAAGGAUAAGGUCAUGAAAGUUGGGCUAAUGGAGCAAAUAAAGAGGGAGAUUUCAAUUAUGAGAUUGGUGAAACAUCCAAAUGUUCUUCAGUUAUUUGAGGUUAUGGCUAGCAAGAGCAAGAUUUAUUUUGUUCUGGAGUAUGCUAAAGGUGGUGAGCUUUUCAACAAAAUUGCUAAGGAGGGAAAGCUCAGUGAGGAUUCUGCGAGGAGAUAUUUCCACCAAUUGAUCAAUGCAGUUGACUAUUGCCAUAGUCGAGGUGUUUAUCAUCGUGACUUAAAGCCUGAAAAUCUGCUCCUGGAUGAGAAUGAAAACCUUAAAGUCUCAGAUUUUGGUUUAAGUGCCCUGGCUGAGUCCAAGAGGCAAGAUGGUCUCCUGCAUACUACAUGUGGAACUCCAGCUUAUGUUGCUCCUGAAGUUCUUAGCAGGAAAGGCUAUGAUGGUGCAAAGGCAGAUGUAUGGUCUUGUGGAGUAAUUUUGUUUGUGCUUGUGGCUGGUUACCUUCCUUUCCAUGAUCCAAAUUUGAUAGAGAUGUACAGAAAGAUUUGCAGAGCAGACUUCAGAUGCCCUCGUUACUUUUCUGCUGAGCUGAAGGAUCUUAUACAUAAAAUCCUUGAUUCAGAUCCAAGUACUAGGAUUUCUAUCCCAAGGAUAAAGAGAAGUACUUGGUACAGAAAACCAGUUGAAAUAAAUGCUAAAAACAGUGAGGCAGCCACAACAAACAGCAUCUCUUCAGGUGUAGCUACAACCUCAGGUUCUGCAGAGUGCAGCACUUCUGAGGAAAAUCAAGGGUCCUUAAGCCUCCCAAACCUGAAUGCAUUUGACAUAAUUUCUCUCUCAACAGGGUUUAAUCUAUCUGGGUUUUUUGAGGAUACGCAUGGUCACCAGGAAGAACGGUUUACCACUAGGCAGCCUGUGACAACAGUACUUGGAAAGCUGAAGGAAUUGGCCAAACGCCUGAAACUAAAAGUUAAGAAGAAGGAUAAUGGAGUUUUGAGAUUGGCAGCACCAAAGGAAGGAAAGAAGGGCUUUCUUGAACUUGAUGCAGAGAUUUUUGAGGUCACCCCUUCAUUCCUCUUAGUUGAGUUGAAAAAGACCAACGGGGAUACUAUGGAGUAUCGAAAGCUGGUCAAAGAAGAUAUAAGGCCAGCACUCAAGGAUAUUGUUUGGGUGUGGCAAGGUGAUGAGCACCUGAACUCACAAUCUAUCCUGCAAGGAGAGCAGCAGCAGUCCCCAUUGCCACCAGAGCUACCACAGGAUCAGUUGCAACCAUCAUUGCCACAACAGGAGAAGCAGGACAUGCCUGAACCACCGUUGUUGCCACAAGUACCACAAGAAGAAGUGCAAACAUCUAUCCCCGCAGAACAAACAAAGAAUUAGUUUUAACAGCCAACUGGUCAACGCCUCAACGGGGAAUCACAAUGACCAUUGGUUGGUCCAUUGGUUGAUGAUGAAACCUUUCAGGUUUCCUGUGAGCUUUCGGAGAAGACCCUGCUCAAGUCUCCCCACAACAGACUAGCAUUGUAGUCAACGGGGAUCCCAACUCUUAGAAAAGCUCCGGUAAGCCAUUACACAAGAUCAUUUUAGUGCACCCAUAGACCCACUCUCUCCUUGCUGGCAUCGACGGGCGCAGAAGAACUGAUUCGAUCUAUAUUUGCAACAUGAGCGGGGAAGUCGAAUUAGGACAGCCGUUGCGGGUAAUUACCUUGACCUCUCUUUUAAGUUCCAUUCUUGUUGCUCCAGUAAGGAAUGCCUAGGCUACGGACAAUUUAGAGACUAGAUUUCCUAUAACAAUGGAUAUUGCUAAUCAGUAUGUUGUGAGGUACAAUUUCCAUUACAGCAUAUCAAUUUCACCAUGUAAAUGCCAUGUUUUUUCUUUGACUUCCCCUGUUGUGCUUAAUUUGGUGGGGAAUAAGACUGAGCCGUUGUAUGUAAGGAUUAUGAAUCCCUAAUUGUUGGCAUCUCC